GGUUGGUGGCCUCACCUGGCGCCAAACCCACCACUUUCUAUAUAUAUUUCCUACCCACCUCUCGCCCAUCGUGAUCGAGUUCGCAUAUUUGACGAAACCAGAUCGAGGCGAUCGAUCCAUCAUGGUUUCUUCUUUGGCGUACUCCAAAUCUUUACUCGGGGGAGAGAGAGCCGACGGCGUCUCCGGCCUCGGCUUCCGUCAGCCCUCCGAUCUCCGCCGCCUGUCCUCCGCCGCCGUCUAGAUCUCCAUCCGGCAUCGGACUUCCCUUCCCCAGCGAAGGCUCGGAAUGACCACUGGAACUUCAAUUAGCGUAUUUGUACCAAAUACAGAUCAAAGAGGACAUAUUUUAGCUUAUGUUUCUCGAGUGCACAAAGUUGUGCUUCCUGAAGGAGUUGUUGAUAAUGAGACAGUGACCCACCCUUGAUCAGAUUGAGAGUAAUAAUAUCGUUAGAUGUCCGGAUCCAGAAUAUGCUCAAAAGAUGAUCGAGGCCAUUGAUGCUGUUCGAGUUAGAGGUGACUCUGUCGGUGGUGUCGUGACUUGCAUUGCCAGAAAUGUUCCACGAGGUCUUUGGGUGCCCAGUGUUCGAUAAGCUGGAAGCUGAUUUGGCAAAAGCGAUGUUGUCUCCGCCUGCAACAAAAGGGUUUGAAUUUGGCAGCGGUUUUUCAGGUACUUUUAUGACCGGAAGUGAGCAUAACGAUGAGUUCUACAUGGACGAGCAUGGUAAUAUGCCAACAAGAACGAAUCGAUCAGGCGGUAUACAGGGAGGGAUAUCCAAUGGAGAAACCAUCUCUAUGAGAAUACCUUUCUUUUAAACCCACAUCUACAAUUGGGGUAAGCUGGUUUUGAAUCAAUGUAUGAUGGUUGGUGUAGAUUAUAUUCCACACAUUUCUAAUCCCUGAUGAACUAAAACUUGACGCCUUUCCACAAUGUUAAAAUGAAAGGAAACAAAAUACUAAUUUUUCUGGUCAAAUGAUCGAAGCAGAGAUGUUUUAGUAAUUAAACCACCUCAGUCCCUAGUGGGAAACAAAGAAUCUGUUCUACUAUCAUGAGGGUGGUAAUGCAUCACUGUAACACUCUGGUGGUGUCGAUGUUCUGUUAGUUUAAUUUUCUGUUUCUCAGUUAUAUCAUGUGUCUUACUGUGAUUUAUUUAUUUAUCAGAAAAAGCAUAAGACAGUGACAAGAUAAGGAUAUGAAACUGAGCUCAUAGCGAGAGGCCGUCAUGACCCUUGUGUUUGAUAAUAGAUAAGAUUUCCUCAACUAUAUAAGGAAAUCUCUCUAUUCUAUCGAGAGAAAUCCUCUAUUUUAUUGAGGGAAAUCCUCCCUCAUAAUCUGUAUAAAUAGGAGAGGGACGUGUUAAUGUAUUUAAGCUUCUUCACUUCUUUUUUCAAUGAAGCUUCUUGAAAAAUUCUUCUUAUCUUCUAUUCUUUUCAACAGUUUUAUCUUUAAAAUUUUUCGUUCGACCUGAUUUUCCGAAAGUGGAAGCCAUGGUAGCGUUGGUGCUGUUGGAUCAACUUAUGGCCCAAACUGGACAAUGUGGAUUGUUUCCUGUUGAUCCUGCCCUCCAGCAACAGAUUGCUCCUGCUCCAAAUGGAUCCUUGCUCACCCCAAAGCUUGCUUAAUACGAGGAUGUUGCUCUUAGUGGAGCUAAGCACAACUAAGGUCCAUUUUUACUGAGUUCAAAUGCUCUGAAAUGAGUUUCUGUUGUUCCUUUUGUCAAAUCUAUUUAAGCGCUGUUGUCGCACCCAAAUUCACACAGUUAUGUCCUGUUCUGGAUGAGAAAAAGGCAUUUGU